AUGGUCCCUUUGUAUGUUGAUGACUUGUUGAUUACUAGAAGCAAUUCUAAAGAAUUGAAUCAAUUCAAAACGGCCAUGCAAAAUGAAUUUGAAAUGACAGACUUGGGGCAGAUGACUUACUUUCUUGGUAUGGAGAUAAGUCAGUCUCCAAAUGGAAUUUUUGUGUGCCAACAGAGGUAUGCAACUAAGAUACUGAAGAAAUUUGGCACGGAAAGUUGUAAACCAGUGGAUACUCCACUAGUUCCCAACCUAAAGCUAAGAAAAGAAGAUGGUGCAAAGAAAAUGGAUGAAGGGAAGUACAGAAGUCUGGUGGAAUGUUUGUUGUAUCUCACAGCCACUAGGCUUGAUCUCAUGUUCACUGCAAGCGACCUUUCUAGGUUCAUGAGCAACCCAAUUGGUUGGCUGUCAAAGAAGCAAGAGGUUGUGGCUCAGUCCACAGCUGAAGUAGAGUACAUCUCUGCAGCUGCAACUGUAGCCGUGAACUAA